GCCAAGAGGUCGCCAUAUUGUCACAUGUCUAGGUUUUGGGCUCACAUGACCUGUUGUUUGGCCCCGUGAUCACCUCGCUUCCUGGCAAAUUCAAAACAUUCAUUCCUAACCACAUGGAUAUGCUGGAUCAAGCGUUGGACAGCAAUUCCCAAGACAAGAACGACUCGGCAUCGGAUGAUGCAUCGCAUAUCCCCUCCGAUGGCAGACUCGAAAAGCAGUCAUUCUGGAAAGGCCUGCUUGUUGUCUAACAUACAGCAGUGUCCUCCCAAAACAACUGCUUUCUGCAGCUGCAAGUAGGUGGGGACAGGACCUUAAAAAGUACCUUACGCAAAACACGAGCAAGAAGAAAGUGGUAUGGCGGAAGGCGUAGAAGUGGACAGCCAGGCUGCGGCCAUAGCCAGCGUUGCGCCGCAGGCCCUCCUGGAUCCUGGCAUCCAGUACCAGUUCCGCACCGAGAAUGGCCAGGGAGGGGUCACCUACCGCGUGGUCCAGGUGGCAGCCGCGCCGGAAGGCACUGAGGCUGCCAGCGGCCAAGUGGUCACCACGGCGGCACUUGUUGGCCAGCAAGUGGCACAAGCCAUUAUUUCCAGCCCCUUUGCAGCCACCACGGCCAAUGGAGGCUCCAGCCCAACUGCUGAAGGGGGUCAAUUCUAUGUGAUGAUGUCACCCCAGGAUGUUCUGCAGACUGCACCAAGGACAUUAGCACCGCGAUCCCACAGCUUCGGCUCUAAAUCUGAAGGAAGCAGGACAGCCAGGGAUGAAAGGAGGAGGGCCACACACAACGAAGUGGAGAGGAGGAGGAGGGAUAAGAUCAAUAACUGGAUCAUCAAGCUUUCCAAAAUCAUUCCAGACUGCUCUAGUGACCUGAAUAAAUCUGGACAGCCAUCGUCCGUACACCUUCACAGCAAGGGCGGUAUCCUGGCAAAGGCCUGUGACUACAUUCAGGAAUUGCGUGCAAGCUGUGCACGACUGCCCGAGGUACUGAAGGAGAACGAGCGGCUGGCUUUGGAUUUGGAUUUGCUGCGACAACAGUGUGAACAGCUCAGGGCCACCAAUCAGCUUCUGAAGGCCCACCUAGAGCAAAGUGGUAUCACUGUCACCGAAGUUGAACACACGUCCUAACAAGAGCUCCUUGGCAGCUAAAGAAGCACGUCUAUGAAGAUAAAUAAAGCACCCAAGUGAUACGUCAUUAUCCAGCUUUAGUGAGUGGGAAGCAAACGUUGGCUGUGCAGGACAAGUAGGCUGACGAAAUCCGGGACAUAGACCAUAGACGAGCAUGUUUGCAAGUCGUGACCCGUGGCAAAACAUCUCCCACUUCCCGCAGUGUUGCGGAUUCCCUGGACUCCUUUCCCCACGCUUGGCCUUUUAGGAAGGACAGGAUUACAUAGACAGCUUCUGGUGGUUCAACGUGCCUGACCUGCAACCACCUUCCUUUUGUGUGCAUCAAAAGAACUCUCUUGCAAAGUGGUUGAUUCUUCACUCCCUUUUUUUAUGGAUGCCACGUCCCUGGCGCAUUUGCUCUGCGCAUCACAGUGACUUGUCCUUGAUACGAAAAAGAAACGCAUCUUUUUUUUUCUCUCUCUUGGGUGAGACCUUGCUUCCAAUCCGUUUAAAUGUUCGUGGUUGCAGGGGUUGGGAGUUACAGUUGUGUGUGUAUGCAUGGAUCAUUGUAAUUUGCCUUUUUACCUUCGUGGCACUGCCUCAUUGAUAAAUUGGAAAUCGUCGUGCUAUGAGUGAUUUCGCAUGCACGACACAAUUAUAUGUUGUUGUUUUUUUUCCGUGCCAGUUUGAGUUGUAGCUUUUUCAUGCAGUUUGUUACAGAACAUCCUGAUGCAAAAGGCCUGUUAGGUAGCUUACCAUAUUUUCAUGGCUUCUGAGAUGUUCAGAAUUUUAUAAAAAAAGGCUGGAGCUUCGUUAGGCUUCAUUAAGGCAACGUGUGAUGCAGUGUCAUAGAAGCACAGUACCUGUUUGCACAUUGCAUCUAAGUUCCCCGUCUGAAGUGUUCGAAGAGUUUAGUUCCGGGUGCCUUUGCGUUUGUACUGGUGUACUGAAAGGGAUGCUGGCAUCUAGUCAUUGCUCUAAUUUGUGCCUGCACGACUUCGUUUCAUCGAGAGUAUUUGUACAGAAGUAGAAGUCAUGGUGGUGAACUCUGAGAACACUACAAUUGACUGUUCACUGUUGUCUUUGUCACUUUUUUUUUUCAGACUGUGCUGCUUUUUUUUUUUGUUUAGAAGAGUCGCUGAAUCUUCAAAGUAUGUAUGUUCAUGCCACUCUGUUCUCUUAAAUAAAGUGCUAGCAUGAAUGAAAUAAAGCCACUUGGCAUAUGUAAGGCCCUUCUGCAUUGGGCUCCAAGUCGCCUGGCUCUUCGAGAUAGUUUUGGUAUCAGAUAGUGCAAAUGCACCAGCAUUGUCUCUUUAAAUGCUCUGUGAGGGCACAUUGUGCAUGCAUGUGUGGACUGUUUGAUCAGUGGCUUUGGUACCGCCAUCUCAGCCUAUUUUAGAAAGCAUUUGUACAACAAGCCGAGUGGUUGGUACAUUUGUAGCGCAUGAAUCAUAGGCAAGUGUUGCGGUAAUUCACUGAGGCAUGUGUUGGCCUUAAACCCACCUUGAAAGGGCCACGGUUGAAACAGCUUUGUGAAUUGUUUUAUCAUUGCUUCGGUGUACUUGCACACGCUCAUGCUGCUACACCAGGUGAUGUGGAUGGGAAAAGCAGAGGCUGCGAUUAUGCAACAAUGCGUUAGAAAUGAAAGCCACUUGUGUCACAAGACACUUCAGUGGUUCAGAGGCUCUUUUUCCAGGUCCAUUCAGCGUAGUUGGUCAUGGCAAGAAGAUUUCAGCGCAGUUUUUGUUUAGAAGCGCUGUGACGGGUUGCCUUCACCUAUGCUGCUUUUCCUGCCUACAUUCUCCCGCAUUUCACUUUACGUUAAUGCAUCUAUGCUACUAUGGUAAGUGCUGUCAGCAGAUCCUGCACAGAGCUUCAUCGAAUGUUGUGAAAUGCAAAACCUUUAGCAGCACAGUAAGGAAUUAGUGGGCACUUAUUUUUUUUGUAUGUUGAUAUAGUGAGAGAAGCAUUGGCUGGAAAAGCAUUUUUGUACAACCUAUAUUAGGUAGUACAGUCUUGUCGUGAGCAUGUCUUCUAUUUUUUUUCUCUGCCACUGUUGUCUGUUUAACAGGUUUACCUCUCUGUUUGAGAAGGAACCUUUGUGGAUGUAGGCUUGUUUGCAAGCAUUUCACUGUUUGCUUUCUAUGGGCAUGUGGCUGGUGUAAGGCUGUUUGUUGUACUUCGUUCACUCUUGUGUGGUGACAUUGAUGCUUUCAAGCCUUGUUUUGUUCUUUUUUUUUUCUGUGCUAGUGCAA